AUGUCACGCGUAAAAGAUAUUGUCAAACAUCAAGAAAAAGUAGAUAUUGUAGUAGAAAAGCCUCCACAAAAUGAAACUUCCAAGAUAAAACGUAAAGCUUCAAUUACUAGUAUCUUUUCACGUGCUAAAAAAGAACAUCAAAGUGAUCCACAUCGAUAUGAAAAUACUUCCUUCAAAAUAUUCAAAGCCGAAAUAAGCCAAAAUGGCGAAAGUGUU